UUAUACCAAUUUUUUUCUUCUCUUUUUCUUCUUCUUUCCUUGGUUUCUUCAUAGAGAGUAUAUGGAGAAUUCCAUGAAUUCUAUGAGCAAACCAUUUGCAUGUGAUGGGUCUUCUCAUUCUACUGAGGAGAGUGGUUGGACUAUGUAUUUUGAUGAUUUCUUUGCUAACAAUAUUAAUUGUCAUGUUGAUGAGGGUGGUAGGCACGGGGAACACAGUUGUUUAUCUUCUUAUAUCAAUUGUGCUAGUUCUUCUAUGCUCUCUGAUGCUGCCUCUUCAGUUGCCGCCGGGAAGUUUGCCGGUGCUAGUGGUAAUGAAAACCUUACUGGGGAGAACCCUAGGUUGGGUAAGACCUGCAAAAGGUUGACGUUCAGGAAGAGAAAAACCAAAGGAGCUUUUGUUGAUGAUGACUUGGAGGAUACUGCCAGUUCUCCUGCUAAUAGUCCCAAGGUUUUUGAUCAGCCGAAGAACUUCAACAAGGAUGCAAAGCAGAACAAUACAAUGAACACAUCUCAUGACAAAGCAAGCAGUUCAGGCCACACAGAGGAAAGAAAUGAAGUGGAUUAUAAUGAAAGAGAUAAUGAUGAUAAUGAAAUAAAGAAAAAGGGUCUUUGUCAAUUUCCUUUGUCUAUGGUAGUCAACUAUCUUGGUUGAAACUUUGGCUAUCUCCACCUCAUCUGACCAUCGCUUAUUUUGUAGAAAAAUCAAUGCAUGAACAAAUUAAAUAUUUCUGUGCAAAUAUGAUUUAGAUGCCUGUCUCUGUAAUAUUCACAUGAUCUAAAUAUGUAUCAUGAAAAAUGAACACAAUCAUAAUUU